UUCUCAUGUAUUCCACUUUCAGCGGCCAUAUCUCGCCCAUGGCGGGGCGUACUGUUGAGCAGUACACACGUCCUUGGGCUGAGUGCUAGUCGGUAUCAUGUCUAUUUGGCAUACGCGAUCGAGGCUCCUGUAUCCAUGCUGAGAAUUGAUUCGUCAGGGACCAACCGGUUGGGGUUGAUGCAACUUCCUAGGUAAGUGAAGUGGUCAGUACACACUAUCACUUCAAUCCUUAUCUUUACGCUGGAAGUCGAUGUAAUCCAGUCCUGCAGCCUUAUCAUCUUGUAUUUGGCAAGGGGAGCGAAUUGCAUGCCAAACAUUCGAAGAUUGCUUGCUGCUCAAGGUAUUUAGAAGGCAUUACAUUCUGUCAGCGGAGUACUCUAUAUUCACUCCUUCCAACUUUCAUCUGAUGUCGAGAAAUUCUUGACUGGAAAGUGAAUGGCAUGUUUCUGGGUUAUUCAAAAGACUAUAUGAAUGUGAAUUAACAUUUGGAUUCAUUUAUUCCAAUGUAUUUGAAUAGCCUAGCAACAUGUCCUUUCAUCUCCUUUUGUUAGUAUGUUGAAUUAACUGGUAAUAAUAAUAGUAAUAAUAAUAAUAAUAAUUGUGAACUAUGCGAGCUUAUGCAUAAAAGUGCGAUUGUGCAUCAUUGUUGAGAAUGAAAUCGCCAAGAGGUGUAUUGAUUUUCAGGUUUGGUCACGAGUAGUUGACAUCAGUUUGGGGGGAAGACUGAAAAACCUGGAUGUUACUGAACAGUUGUUUCGUCGGAGUCUGUGGGACUGUUCAGCAUCCUGUCUGAUUAUCAAGAGAUUUCUCACAUCUCCCAGUUAAUGCGAUCGUAGCAAACUGUCUUAGCGUAGCUAUCUAUGGUUAGAAUACAAUUGAUUCGUUUUUAAACACAAAUAUUACAUUAGUGUACAACCAUACAAUGGGUAUCGAAACAUUUUUGUGAAAGAAAAAAAAGGCGGACAGCUUACUUCAACGGUAUUGAAAUAGUCUAAAGUGAAAUUUUUAGAUGUAAGUUAUGUUCGCGCAUGUAGUAGUAGUAGUGUUGGUUUGGUACAGACAAUGUGUUCCAACCAUAUGUGAUUCUCACAUAUUCUCACAGCUCAAUACUGCAUUAGCAAUGGAAUACUAUGUGUGUAUUUGAAUGUUCUAUUUCAUGUUGUCUAAUGUAAGCCAAAAUCAUACGCUCAGCGAUUGAUUAACGAAUAUAAGCUGUAGAUAUAUAAACAUUGGUUUGAUCAAUGAAAAAUAUACCUUGGCGUCCGCAUCUUGCCUUCUGUCGUUACAGUAGUAGUAAUACUCUAGCUCCAGGGUUAGGUAGUGAAUACGUGUUUAGUCAUACGGCAAAGUGACGACAUCACAGUUGUAAGUAGUCAUAGUGGUGCGGGAAGUGGAAUGGAGUAGUGUUAUUGUUAUGAUUAUUUUAAGUAUUGAUCAUAUUAAUAUUAAUGUUUCUCCAUUUUCACAGGGUUUUCAUAUUUGCCUGUGUUGCCAUUCAAAAUUUACAAGUCGUGCUUUGUAUGAAGACCACCUGAAUCGUGCCGUCGCACGAAUAUUGUAUUGUUGUCAUCUCUGUCGUGGUCCUUGGACAACUUUACAUGAGGUGGUCAGUAACGCUGAUGUAAAUACAAGUCAUCAACAUCAUCAUCGUCCGGAGGACAUCAGUAGAAAUCCUUCAACUACUAACAACACUAAUAAUCAUGAAAGCGGAAUGUCCUCGCGAUUUUAUUCUGUUCUACAGGGUGGAGUUAUCAGCGCUAAUAAUAAAUGCGCCAUAUUUACUCAUUUGAUAUCUGCACACCCGGAUAAAAGAAGUGAUUGGAUUCUCAGACCAUCACUUCUUACAAUUUUUCCGUUGGUUAUGCCAACCACAUAUUUAAAUUUAGCAGCACAGACCACCUCCACUACUACUGAUAUUCAAUCUUCUAAUGUAUCGAACUCACUUGUUAUGUAA